AUGGAGACCCGCGAGUGCGCCUCGAGUUUCGCCGUGAAAGAGGAAAUCAUUGAAAUUUGCAAAGGGAAAAGGUGCAUUCGUGACAGCGCCAAAGUCAUUGUCGUAGUGUCACCGACGGAGACAAAGCCAUUCGCUUCCAGUGAACAUUCGAAGACCGAGAAGAUCAAUAAUAACAUGAGCUUCCUCGACGUUAUUUCUUCUAUGCACUCUCUCGUUGAGAAGAAUUUCGAUAACGACGACGACGAUAAGGAGAACACGACGAUAAAGCGCGUCCUCGGUGAGCCGGAGUCGUGUCGCAGCCGUGAGGUGGACAAGAUUUUUCCUCAGCAACAGCCGCGGACACAGGCAAAUCGAUCGCCGAGACGCAAGAGCACCGGUAUUCCGACGUUGUUGUGCAUCGAUAGCAAUAGACUUGCGGAUGCGACAGCGGCUGGAGCUAAACGCAAGAUCCCGAGGCCGGCGAACGCCUUUAUGCUGUUUGCCAACGAAUGGCGAAAGAAACUCGCUGCGGAAAAUCCUCGGGAAUCCAACAAGGAUAUCAGUGUCAGGCUGGGCGUUUUCUGGAAGAGCAUAUCGAAGGAUGUGAAGGAAAAGUAUUUUGCCCUGGCGCGUGAAGUGGACAGAGAGCACAAGCGAAAGUAUCCUGGUACGUCCUGUAUAGUCUACCUUUUGAAUGUGACCUCAUUUACAUGCGCCUGAUCGAAUCGUCGGGAGAGUCUCCUGAUUUGCCCGAAACGCUCGUGAGGCGCGCUACGCAGCUACGCGACAGAUUGGCGCAUCCUCCCGCCGGUGCGAAGGACAAUACGAAUACGAUACAGCGGGGAAUAAGAUAACGCGGGGAGGGAAACGCCGAUAUAAAAACGCCCGGAAUGUGUCGCGGACUGUCGAGCGGUCGCUAAAAUUAGAAAUCUUGUUACUUUCUCGCCGCGUGCACGACAUCCCAAAGUGUCGGGCCACCGUCUAUAAAUAGCCGGGUUGGAUUAGAUAUCGAUCGCCGGCGAUAAGUCUGUCCGCGUUAUCAGCCGACGAAAAGCGAGAAGCCAGCGCGCACCGGCGCUAACGUCUCACCCCCCGGGCGAUCGUCCUUGAUCCAGGCGCAACGCGUCGCCUGGUCCCAUCAUUCGCAACGUGACAUUACGCCUGCCGGAGAGGGACGUCGUCAUGUCGCCAAUUAACAUCGUUACAAUCUCCGAUCGACGCCAAGUAAUCCCCCGGCUAUCUUUUCGGUUCGUGCGCGACGUCGCGGCGCUGAAAUGUCAGGUCUUUAUUUAAAGUUCAACCGGAGGGCGCGAGAGAUCGGUGUCGCGGGUGCCUCGGACGCGAUUGUAGGUCGCAGACGACGACGACGACGAUGGCGAGCGUGAACGAUCCUUGCGGGGGCGGCAAAGGGUGAACGCGGGAGGAUGCGAGUUUUGCGGGCCGAGGUACAGGGUGGCGAGCGGAGAGAAAUAUUCUCGGGUGAGUGACGCGGGGAGAACGCGCGGGUGGGAACGGCGGAGAGAGAGAC